AUGUCCGGGGAGACCACGCCCAUCGAGGAUGAUAACCGCAUUCCCAUGGCCGACGAGCUGGACGAAGACGAGGACGAAGAGGUGCUCACUGAGGCCACUGCCGAAUCUAUGCCCACUUUGGCUCAUUCCCAUGGUCCGGAUUCGUUAACCUCGAUCAAUAUCUUGGAAGGGGAUGAUUUGAGUCACGAGGAGCAAGAGGAAAAAGCCCGAUUAAUCGCCCAAGUUCUGGAGCUCCAGAACACCUUGGACGACCUGAGCUCGCGCGUGGAUAACGUCAAGGAAGAGAACCUGAGACUCCGAUCGGAGAACCAGGUCUUGGGACAGUACAUUGAGAAUCUCAUGGCCGCAUCCAGUGUGUUCCAGCCCGCCAAUGGCGAUCCCGGAGCGGCGGCUCAUCCUAUGAGAUCGGGAAAAAAGAAGUAGCAGCCCUCGCGACCCAUGGGAGCUAAUUGGGUGGGGUUUCAUGUUACUUCUCAUCUCAAUAUUAUUCAGUAUUUCAGUCAUGGUUUCAAUUAGCUUAGUAUUUUUGCUUGGAUAUUAAAUGCAUAGAGCGCCAA